GGCACGGCUUUUCUCUCUCCACAAACCCCUCACUUUGUGCUGCUCCAACACUCUUCACUUCCUUGAUCUUUUUAUCACUUUUUUCGAAUUUUUGCUGGGCCCCUCUGAUUUUUCCCAGUGGGAAACCCAGCAAGCACAAUUACUGGAGGGGCUAUAAUUAAACCUUAAAGAACCAGCAACCCAUAAUCCCCUUCAAAUAAGGAAUCCCAGUCUUCUGUCUUUCAGAUUAUUGAGUGCUAAAGGCAUAAAAACUACAAAUUAUAGAGAGGUUGCUUGCUGUUUUGUCCAAGGAGGUUGUGUUGAGAGAUAUGGCUGAGGAAUUAUAUGAUGGAAAGUUCUGGCUGCCGCCUCAGUUUCUAACUGAUGACGACCUGUUGAUGGACUUCAAGAACAAAAGAAAUGAUAAUUUUUCUUUUGGGUUCAAUGGAAACUCGUUUGGACCCAACUCGGAUUUGAGUUCACCUGUUGAGUCUGUUACAGGUUCAACUGAAACUGAAAGUGAUGAGGAUGACUACCUAUCCGAAGUAGCUCGGAAGCUCUUGCAGUCUACUCUCCAAGACUCCAAAAUCACCUUGGAUAAUCGGAAGGAACGGGUGCUGUCUCGGUCGCCCCAAUCAACCCUAUGCGGUGCUAUGGGUGCGCAUGGCAGCAACUUUGGGUCCAGCGGCGCCAGCCCAAACUGCGUUUCUAUGGUUUCUUCACCGCCAGGAGUGAAUAGAAAGGGCGCUGCCGAUUGGGAUGCGUUAUAUGAGGCUGCAGGGGAGCUGGCUAGGAUGAGAAUUAUUGAAGAAACGAAUGGAUUUUACUCCGGUAACAGAUGUGCUGGAGAAGUUUUUCGUGCCCCGAAAAAGCUCAAUCCGAUAUCUUUACCUCUCGAGAACCCACAACGUGGCUCUGGGUUUUACCCAAAUCAAGAACCCCAACUUUCUUACCGGCAAUUACAAGCUACUCAGUUCCAGCAAUUAAAGAUGCAACUGAUGAUGAAACAACAACAGGGGAGUGGAGUUUGGGGACAGGGCAAGGGUGGGUACCCGCAGAUGGUUCCUAAUGUUAGAAGGAAUGGAGGGGAGAGAACUCUGCCUCGGGACUUUUCAAUGGCAACUUGGCCUACUUUACAACAGUCUCAAAGGCAACCUGGUGCUGGCAUGAGAGCCAUGUUUCUUGGAGACACCGGGGCUAAAAAAGAACGUGCUGGCACUGGAGUUUUCUUGCCCAGAAGAUUCGGAACCCCGACUGAAACUCGCAAGAAGCCAGGUUGUUCAACGGUUUUACUACCAGACAGAGUGGUCCAGGCCUUAAAUUUGCAUUUGGAUAACGUAGAUCCCCAGCCACAGGUUCACUCCAGGGGCAGUGCAAAUUGCAAUCCAGACUAUGCAGCAGCAGCAGAUGGUUUAAAGGGUAGAAACAAUGUCGCGACGGGCCAACUGAUGCGUACCGUGAGACUACAGCCGGCGAUGAAUCAAGAACUCCGUCUCCCCCAGGAGUGGACUUACUGAUCAGAGUCCCGUCCGAAAUUGUUUAGCCAAAACUGUGUCGUAGAAGGAAAAAAUCAAAGCUCUGAUAGUAGAAAAACAAAUCCAAGAAUAAGGUUUUUACUAGUUUCAGCAGUACUAGAUAGUAAUUAUAGAUAGCAGCCUAAGAAAAUGUGUUAUUUUUUUGGAUUAGUAUUAGGUUAAACAAAACAAAAUAAAAUAUCAGUCAAGAUUGAAGAAAGCAGCAUAUUUUGUUGGGCUCAAGGUACAAGAAACUUAUGGGUGGCGGUUUCUAUUUUGUUCCUGUUGGAAAAUGGAAUGAUAAAUAAGAAGGUUUGUAUUGUAGGAGCUGUUAAUAUGCCUAGAAAGGGCAUAUCAGGAAGGGGUUGGAGUCUCGUUUUGGAUGAAAAGCAGCCCAUUUUUUAUCUGUUAGUGUUGAUGCAUUACAGUCAGUUUGUAUCGGUCGAUUCAAAAUAAUAAUAAUUAAUAUGAUUAUUAUU